AUGGCAGGCGGCUUGGCGGCAGGAAAGGGGGCCAGUGGGGAGACACAAAUGGGUCCCAGUCUGCUGGGUGGAAUCAGUUUUUGGGAGGAGAAAUCACCAACACCUCAUGGCCCCAUUGUCUGCGUACGCGGUAGUUCAGCCGUCAAUAUUAAAAGGGUACCGAAGGCCGUUAUGCCGGAUAUCAAGCAGUCCACAAUCACCAACGCUCACCUGAUUGGGAGGAGAAGCGAGAGCAGGUGGGGCAAAACCAAGGUCCCCGACCUUUUCUUUUGGUUUGAAUGGGUCCAGUUCAUCCUCGGCAUGUCCCAUCGGCCCUUGGAGACAGUAAAGGGCGCCUUCAGCUGUGGCAAAAAAUGA